AAAAUGGCUUCUUCCUCUUCCUCGGGACUGUUUUCUCCUGAGCCACCGCUUCUGACUCAAGCGAUGAAAGACGGAGAGUGUAGAAGCUGGGCUGAGCUUCCGUCUGAAUUGACGUCAUCGAUCCUAAGCAGGCUCAGCUCUAUUGACAUAUUGGAAAACGCUCAGAAAGUGUGUACGUCAUGGCAUCGCGUCUGUAAAGACACUGCCAUGUGGCGGAAGAUUGACAUGCGUAACUUUGGAGACUUGGUGUUGAACCUCGAGAUGAUGUGCCGUCACGCAGUUGAUCGUACCCAGGGAGGAUUGGUUGAGAUUGACAUUUGGCAUUUCGGUACUGAUUCUCUCCUCAGCUUCAUCGCCGAUAGAUCAAGUAACCUGAGAAGCCUUAGACUUGCUAUGUGCUCUCCAAUAACAACUGAUGGACUUACCGAAGCAAUUGCGAAGCUUCCAUUGCUUGAAGAACUCGAGGUCUCAUACUGCUCUUUGUCCGGAGAAUCUCUGAAACUUGUCGGCCAGUCUCUUCCUAAUCUGAAGACGCUGAAGCUAAACCGCAUUGGGUUAUUGCGUCCUCGUUACGAGAGUGAUAUUGAUGCCCUAGCUAUAGCUGAAACCAUGCAUGGACUUCGCUUCCUUCAGCUUUUUGGAAACAUAUUAACAAAUGGUGGCUUAAACGCCAUUCUUGAUAAUUGUCCUGAUCUUGAACAUCUUGAUUUACGUUUUUGUUUCAACGUUUACAAUGUCGGAGAUCUGGUUACGAGGCGAUGUUCGGAGAAGAUCAAAGUUUUGAGACUACCUUAUGACUCGACUGAUGAUUACCCAUAUGCUGGGAAUUAUUACGACAUUGAUUCAUCUGAUGAAGAUAGCCCAUGGCCUCUCAUGGCAGCUAAUGAUUACUACCAUAGCUUUGCAGGUUAUAGUGACCAUUCUGAUGAUGACUAUUAG